CACCAGUCCUCACCACAACAACAAUAUUUGAAGCCACCCCUCCUUCCAUUUCUCUACCUAAUAACUUCGCAAGUUAUUGCCAUGGCUCCAAGCAGUAGCAGCCUGAUUGUUUUCGCCUUCAUUGCUCUUGCAUGCGCCCUCUGCGUGCAAAGCACUAGUGGAAACAUAGCUUGCGAGGACCUGAAGGAGGACUCUUGCGCCUAUGCGGUGUCAUCGUCGGGAAAGCGCUGCGUGCUGGAGAAGCAUGUCCGCAGAAGCGGGGAGGAAAAGUACACGUGCCGCGCAUCAGAUAUCGAAGCCGAAAAACUGAAAGACUGGAUCGAAACCGACAAAUGCAUUGAAGCGUGCGGGGUUGACAGGCACGCACUUGGAAUUUCAUCUGACUCUCUUUUGGAGCCUCAGUUUACCCACAAGCUCUGCUCUUCCGCCUGCUACCGCAGCUGCCCCAAUAUUGUUGAUCUCUACUUCAACCUCGCUGCCGGUGAAGGUGUGUAUCUUCCGAAACUGUGUGAAGCGCAGAGGGGUCAUGGGCGCAGAGAAAUGGCGGAAAUCAAAAGCUCCGGAAUGGUGGCACCAGGACCAGAAUCGGAUGGUGGGAAGCCUGUGAGCUUCUACAUUGUUGCCCCGGCACCCCCUCCUUAUUAAUCAUGAGAUGGGAGGCACAAUAAAGAACAUGUAGUCGUAGAUGGAUAAUUAAUUACACAGCAGUGUAUACCACACCAAUAAUAGAGGGAAGUUGUUGCAUGGGUUGGAAGCUCAUCCUCUUCUCUGCGUUCUUGAGUAUUGUAAUGGUACAACGUUAAAAGCAUAAAACUAAAAGAGAGAAUAGUAGCGUAUUUUUUUUGCAUGGAGUGUACUCUUAUGAGAUGUACCGUAGUAGAUUAGAUGCAAACGUACCGUAGAUUUGGACUCCGGUUGCGCACGUUGACUAUUUUGUUCGUCGAACGAAAUAAAUAAAAAAAAGUCAUGAUAUUUGAGUA